GUUGCCGUGUUGGCCUUCGAUCAGUGUAAGAAAAUAGAAAACGCAGUCGUAGACGCAUUUGUAACCGCUCAUCCACUUAGACUAAUUCCACUCCCCAAAAACAUUUAUUUCUAUUACUAAAAAUCAAAUGAAGUUUUUAUAUCGAACCACUUGUUUCCUGAUUAUUGUAUUUUCAUCGACAGUUUUUGCAAACGAUAAGAGCUGGAAGGAAGAUGACGGAUUAGAAAUAACGAUAACAUCGUCAAUAGAUGAGAGCGAAUGCGAGAUCAAAUCCGCAGGUGGCGAUGUAGUUGAUCAGUACUACAAGUUGACAGAUGAGAAGGGAGUUGAAAUUGGAAGCAAUUUUGGAAAGAAACCAUAUACAUUCACGUUGGGAAGGAAUCAAGUGAUACCUGGAAUGGAUAGAGCUAUGCGAGGAAUGUGUAUUGGAGAGAUUCGAAAAGUUGUGAUUCCCCCGAAACUAGGAUUUGCGAAAGACUCGACUGGUCAGCCACUCUAUUACACUGUCCAGCUGGUGAACCUGUUCCGUGCGAAUCCUGGGGAGAGAUGGGUCACUGAAGAAGGAAUUCAAAUUGAUCAGAUUCACAAGAUUGAAGCAGACAAAUGUAAAAAAGCUGAAGCUGGCGACAAGAUUUAUCAGCAAUAUGUUUUGAGAUUAGAAGAUAACACACUUGUGGACUCAUCUUAUUCAAGAAAUGCUCCGUUUGUAUUUAGAUUGAGAAACAGAGAAGUUAUCGAUGGAAUGGAUAUUGCAAUGGAUGGAAUGUGUGAAGGAGAACGACGUCGUGUUGUGAUUCCAUCUGAAUAUGGAUACGGAUCCCAAGGAUCCCCACCAGAGAUUCCCGGUGGUGCUCGUCUUUUCUUCGAAAUUGUUCUAGAAAAGCUUGUUAAAAGAGAUGAACUUUAGAGUGAUUUCAGAUGUUUUUUGUUUGAUUAAUUAUUGAAAAGGACUUCCUGUUUCCGUUGAACGUUCUCUGUUAAUGUUACAUAUGUACGUGUUUGUGCCAUAAAAAUUUCUUGAUUU